CAGAGGACUCUCAGACGCUAACGAGGGAUGGAGUGACGACCCUGAGCGCCUCACAGCCCAACAGACGGCCGCACCAGCGAAAGACGCCCCUGACGAGGCACUCUGUGGGUGUUGAAAGGAUGUGGCGUGAGGAGCUGCGCAGUCGUCAGUUCUGGAAGGCCAUGAUGGCGGAGCUGCUCGGCACGCUGGUGCUGGUGAGCGCCGUCUUGGGUGCGUCUGUGCCGGGUCCUGGACAGUCCCCCGAGGGACCCCUGUACCCGGCGGUGGCCCUCGGUGUGGUGAUUGUUGCACUCGGACACUGUUUUGGGGAAAUAAGCGGCGCGCAGGUGAACCCUGCAGUCACUCUGGCUCUGCUGGCCACACGGCGGCUGGACGUCCUCACAGCCGUCGUCUACAUCACAGCCCAAUGUUUGGGGGCUUGUUUAGGGUCCGGGGCCCUCUACCUGGCCCUGCCCCUAAAAAGCGACGCGGACUUUUUUGUCAAUAAGGUACCGAUUGAGUUGAAUGCAGCUCAGGCGCUCGGCAUUGAGGUCUUAUGCACCUUCCAGUUGGUCUUCACCGUCUUCUCAGUGGAGGACCAGCGACGAAGGGAAAGCUCAGAGCCAGGAAAUCUGGCUAUUGGACUGGCACACACUGCUGGAGUGAUGAUAGGGGCCCGGUUCUCUGGUGCCAGUAUGAACCCUGCACGAUCUCUGGGUCCUGCCAUUAUCACAGGAUUCUGGGAGAACCACUGGGUGUACUGGAUCGGACCAGUGCUGGGAGCGAUGCUGGCCGGUGUGUCUCAUGAGUUUUUCUUUGCACAAAGCGCCCCCCGCCAGAAGCUGGUGGCAUGUCUGACCUGUAAGGACAUCGAGAUUGUGGAGACGGCCAGCAUGACCGGCUCAUCUUUAUCCACAGUCACCCAGAACGCCAGCAGAGCCAAGCAGGCCCACAAGCAAGACAACAACUGAGCUCCCGACUGAUGCAGCUUCAAUGUGUGGCGCUGGUGAAGGUGGAGACAACAUCGUGCGACUGUCCACAUUUGCAUAUUGUUAGAAGGACAUGUUGCGGCCUCAUUGAACGAUAAUCCCACGCUCGCUUUGUUGUGUUUUGUAGAAUCCUGAAGCUUUGAAAUGCUAAAGAGUCUCAACGAUGCUCUAAUUAGCAUUUGUGUCUUCUCUGAAGUCCUUUGUUCACAAUCAAAUAGUCCAGACCACUAAUGGCUGCACAUCACUGAAAAUAAGCCCUAUGUAGUUACUAAUAUAUUUGCAGUUUAUUUGUGUGUGUGUGUGUGUGUGUGUGUGUGUGUGUGUGUGUGUGUGUGUGUGUGUGUGUGUUUGUGUGUGUGUGUGUGUGUGUGUGUGUGUGUGUGUGUGUGUGUGUGUGUGUGUGUGUGUGUGUGUGUGUGUGUGUAUAUAUACAGGUGCUGGUCAUAUUAUUACAAUAUCAUGAAAAAGUUGAUUUAUUUCAUUAAUUCCAUUUAGAUAGUCAAACUUGUAGAAUGUAUACAUUCAUUCCAAACAGACUGAUACAUUUCAAGUGUUUUUUGCCAAAAAGGAGAUGAUUACAGCUGACAACCAAUGAAAACCCUAAGUUCAACAUCUCAGAAAAUUAGAAUAAGGUGAAAAGGUCAGAUAUUGAAGACACCUGGUGCCACAGUCUAAUUAGCUAACUAACUCAAAACACCUGGAAAAGCCUUUAAAUGGUCUCUCGUUUUGAUUCUGUAUGACACACAAUCAUGGGGAAGACUGCUGACUUGACAACUGUCCAAAAGAUGACCAUUGAUACUUUAAAGAAGGAGGGCAAGACACAAAAGGUCAUUGCCAAAGAGGUUGGAUAUUCCCUGAGCUCUGUGUCCAAGCACAUUAAUAGAGAGGCGAAGGGAAGACAAUGAUGUGGUAGAAAAAAGUGUACAAGCAAGAGGGAUAACCGCGCCCUGGAGAGGAUUGUCAAACAAAACCGAUUCAAAAUGUGGGGGAGAUCCACAAAGAGUGGACUGCAGCUGGAAUCAGUGCUUCAAGAACCACCACGCACCGACGUAUGCAAGAUAUGGGCUUCAGCUGUCGCAUUCCUUGUGUAAAGCCACUCUUGAAUAAGAGACAACGUCAAAAGCGUCUCGCCUGGGCUCAAGACAAAAAGGACUGGACUGCUGCUGAGUGGUCCAAAGUUAUGUUUUCAGAUGAAAGUAAAUGUUGUAUCUCCUUUGGAAAUCAAGGUCCCAGAGUCUGGAGGAAGACAGGAGAGGCACAGAAUACAGGUUGCCUGAAGUCCAGUGUCAAAUUUCCACAAUCGGUAAUGGUCUGGGGUGCCAUGUCAUCUGCUGGUGUUGGUCCACUGUGUUUCCUGAGGUCUAGGGUCAAUGCAGCAGUCUACCAGGAAGUUUUAGAACACUUUAUGCUGCCUGCCGCAGACCAAUUUUAUGGAGGUGAAGAUUUCAUUUUCCAACAUGACUUGGCACCUGCACACAGUGGCAAAUCUACCAGUACCCGGUUUAAGGACCAUGGUAUCCCUGUUCUUGAUUGGCCUGCAAACUCACCUGACCUUAACCCCAUAGAAAACCUACGGGGUAUUGUGAAGCGGAAGAUGCGAGAUGCCAGACCCAACGAUGCUGAAGAGCUGAAGGCCACUAUUAAAGCAACCUGGGCUCUCAUAACACCUGAGGAGUGCAACAGACUGGUGGACUCCAUGCCACGCCGUAUUGCUGCAGCAAUUCAGGCAAAAGGAGCUGCAACUAAGUAUUGAUUGCCGUACAUGCUGAAACUUUCCAUGUUCAUACUUUUCAGUUGGCCCACAUUUCUAAAAAAUAUUUUUGGUACUAGUCGUAACUAAUAUUCAAAUUUUCUGAGAUACUGAAUUUGGAAUUUUCGGUAAUUGUCAGUACUAAUCAUCAAAAUUUAAAGAAAUAAACAUUUCAAAUAUAUCACUAUGUGUGUAAUGAAUUGAUAUAAUAUGUAAGUUUCAUGUUCUGAAUAUAAUUACUGAAAUAAAUCAACUUUUUCAUGAUAUUCUAAUAAUAUGAACAGCACCU